AUGCCAAGCAUCUGGGACAAGAAGUCUAACCUCACUUUUGGCAAAAAAGUGUUUUUGUUCCCGGAAAUAUGUUUCUAAAAAGGAUAAAUUAUGAUUUUUUAUUACGACACUGCACAGUGGGCAGUAUCAAGCCAUCUAGGAUGUGUACAUCAAUGGAAAAAGACAUGCCUAGUGGAAUUGAUCAUCGAUUCUUCAUGAAUAUUUUGGGAAUAUCAAGAAAGGAUGUGGACUCAAUGCUGGCGAAACAUGGAAAGUUCUACAUGCUGGACAAGGAGGAUGUGCAAGAAUCAUAUGACACUCUGCAGGAAUACAAAAUAUCGGAUGGAAUUUUGGAGUAUCCGGGAAUUCUGACAACAAGUGCUACAACUCUUAAAAAUAGGCACGGGGUGCUCAUUGAAUGCUCCUUCUCCCAGGUAACGCUCAAAAUUCUCCACAGGUACCUCACAAUAAUGAAUAAACCAAUUAGUUUGGUCAAAACAUAUGGAUAUAUACCGCAAAAUGCCAAUGUUGCGGAAAGAUUAGCUGAAAUAGUAAAUUCGGGAAAGAUUAUUCAAGAAGCAAGGAAGCUGGAAGUCACUGGGACACUCAAUGAUCUCCGGCGGUUCUUUAUCGAUGAUUUUCUGCGUCAGAAAAUCCAGGCAUCAGAGAAGGAUUUGCAGAAAAUCUGGCAUUCGUAUGGUCGAAUUCGUCAUAGACCAAUUAAAACAAUUUCUCAAUCGAUUGAUUUGAUCCGGAAAGAGAUGAAUUUCUCAAAUGAGAAAAUCCUCAAGCACGGAUACCUUCUCUACGGAGAUCCUGAGAAUACUGAGAAAAUCCUAUCGAUGGGAACAUUGCUUGGAGUUGAUAUAAAGGAAGUUCUCGAAUGCCAUCCAAAGAUUCUUAUGAGUAAUCACAGAUCCAUUAAGCAAAUUGUGAAUAUUCUGCGAGAACAUGAGAUUUCUGAUACUGCUAUGCAGAAAAAUUGGUUAAUCUUUACAUUGGGGCCCCGUACUGUGGCUAAUCGAAUUGCUUACCUCAAGGAAGUUGAAGAAUUUCGAGUACUGCUGAAUCAUCCAAGGAUUGGACGUCUCAUUUAUUAUCAGAACAAAGCCAUUCAUAGGCUCAACUACCUCAAGGACAACAAGAUAUUCUGUGCCUCAUUAAAUGUUCUGUCCAGUGACUCGGAAUCCUUCCAUAGAUACGCCCAAAAUGGCAUUGAUGCAACAAAGGGAAAAGAAAUUGUUGGAACACUUGCAAAAAAGCUCAAUCGCAACACAAAGGAUAUCCGGAAGUAUCUCAGUAGGCAUCCAAAUUGGUGCCAUGUACCCCUUGUGUCCAUAUCCUCAGUUUACGAGUAUCUGCAGCAGAAGGGUUUCACCGAAUCGGACAUCUACAAAAACAUACACAUCCUCUUCUAUCCCCUUGCAGAAAUUACCCGGAAAUCCGAAGCAAUUGAGCGAGAAGCGUUGGAUUUUAUCAAGGACAUCAACUGGAAAUCUCUGUCCAAGUCACAAUAUCUCGCAUUGAUUCUGUACAUCAUUGAAAUUGACUUUCAUUUUGCCGGAGAUGGUAUAUGGGCUACCAAUUACAUUCAAAGUGAAAAAAGUGAAGAAGCUCAACUUUCAGUUUAAGAUCAAGACAAAAAAUUAUCAAUAAAAGAGAAUGACCAGUUAA